CACGUACACACACGCGCGCGCACGCAACCUCUGCCGGAAUCGAUGGCGCAGGCGCGCUGAGACGCUCUGCGUCUGGAUAAAAAGCGGCCGGGUGAGUGUGUGCGAGACGGAGAGUGCCACAGCCCCGCCACGACUUGACAACAACGCCGCCGCAGCUCGAGAGCACGAGGGCGACUCCGACCACGAGAGACAUUGUCACAGACGCUGCAUCCAGCAGCAGCAGCAGCGACCUCCCGCCAUGUACGCGAACGAGCGCCGCUCCGCGAGCUCCCUGCGCUCCCAGCAGCCGACGCGCCGCGUCUCCCCCGCGUCCGUGCGCUUCGCCGCGACUCCUUCCUCUUACUCGUACCCGGGGCUCGGCGCCGUGAGCCUCUCCUACGCCUCGGCGCCCCACUCCUCCUCCUCCCCCUACUACCCGUCGACCGGACUCGCGUUCGCCGACGCCUUUGACUUCACGCAGGCGAACUCGCUCAACACCGAGAUGCUGGCGCUGCGCUCGCAGGAGCACGAGGACCUCAAGGGGCUGAACGACCGCUUCGCGGGCUUCAUCGAGAAAGUGCACUCCCUGGAGCAGCAGAACCGCCUGCUCGAGACCGAGCUGCUGGCGCUGCGCAAGUUCGAGUCGGGCGGUGCCGGCGGCGGCGCAGGGCAGCAGCGGCUGCGGGAGCUCUACGAGCGCGAGCUGCGAGAGCUGCGCGCCCAGGCGGACGAGGAGCAGGCGGAAAAGGCGCGCAUGGAGGCGGCUCGGGACCAGCUCCGCGGCGUCCUGGAGCGCACCGAGGCGAAGCUGGAGGAGGAGGCGCGGGCGAGGGAGCGCGCCGAGGAGGAGGCGCUCCGGGCGCGCGAGGACGCGGAGAGAGCGGCGCUCGCCAACGCCGAGUUGGACCGCAGGAUCGCGUCUCUGCUGGACGAGAUCGCUUUCCUGAAGCGCCUGCACGACAUGGAGAUCUCGGAGCUGCUGCCCCAGGUCCGCUCCGUCACCGCCGUGGUGGAGAUGGCGGCGGAGGCGUCGCGGCCGGACCUCUCCGUUGCCCUGCACGACAUCCGCUCGCAGUACGAGAAGCUGGCGGCCAAGAACAUGCAGGUGGCCGAGGACUGGUACCGCACCAAGUUCCAGGUGGUGACGGAGAGCGCGGCCCGCAGCACGGAGACCGUGCGCUCCAUCCGCGAGGAGAGCUCCGAGUACAAGAGGCUCAUCCAGUCGAGGCAGUCGGAGAUCGAGGGCCUCAAGAACAUCAACGAGUCGCUGCUCAAGCAGAUCCAGGAUCUGGACGAGAAGCACGGCGACGAUCUCGCCAGGCAGCAGGAGCGCAUCCAUGAGUUGGAGGACCACAUCCGUGACGCCAAGAAGGAGAUGGCGCGCUACCUCAAGGAGUACCAGGACCUGCUCAAUGUCAAAAUGGCGCUCGACAUCGAGAUCGCCGCUUACAGGAAACUCCUGGAGGGUGAAGAGAUCCGGUACAGCUACUCGCAGACUCCGCUCUUCAUCUGACGCGCCGCGGGGCGAACGCGUGCCACGCUGGACCCGCCGCGACCCGGACGCCCGACCCACAACUCUGCCUGUCCUCGAAACUUCCCUCUGCCCCCCGGCCCUCCUAUGCCUUACCAGUGCUGUGAACAGCAACGUGCGCAUGUGUGGCACUUAUACAGACAUCACCUAGCUUAGCAGUGCGAUUCUGACCACUUAUUGUCACUGGACUGGAAACAAAAUAAAAUUAAAUCAAUCAUGAAAAAAACA